AUGAAAGACUUAAAAGAUACAAUAGACUUUGACAACUUUUCUAGAGUGAAGUAUUUGCGCACCUUGUUAGCUUUACCAUUGCAAUAUACAUUUCAAUCGCAGAAGACACAAUUAAAGCUUGAAAUUGUGUUGAAGGAUGGAGGAUGCUUAAGAUCACUUUCUUUGUCAGAAUCAUGUAUCACAGACUUGCCUGAUUCAAUUGACCUCACGCAAUUGCCUACCAACAUUUCCAAGUUAAUCAACCUGCGUCAUCUUAUGACAAGAGGGACUCCUCUAAAAGAGAUGCCACCGAAGAUUUGUGAUAUGAUAAAUCUUCAGAUGUUAAGUAAUUUUGUUCUGUGUAAAAAUGAUGGGUCCAGGAUCAAAGAGUUGGGAAAGUUGGAUAAUUUGCAUGAACGCUUGGAGAUUUCAGGGCUUGAGCACGUUAGAGAAGUGAGUGAUGUUUUGGAAGGCAAUUUGAAGAACAAAAAGUAUCUCAAUGAGCUCAUUCUUGAUUGGAAUGGUGAGGCAGAUGAUUCCACAAAGGAAAGAGAAGUUCUUGAUGCACUCCAACCGCAUGUAAAUUUAAAGGAACUCAAAAUCAGAGGUUAUAAAGGUACAAGCUUGCCAGAUUGGGUAACACAUCCAUCAUAUUGUAACUUGGAAAAUGUUGAUCUACACUGCAGAAAUCUUUGCUUGUCAUUGUUAUCAUUUUGGCUGCUAAGUUCACUGAGACAUUUUCAUGUUUUUGGUGUUUCCUGUCUUGAUAUGCAUGAUGAAUUUCGUAGUAUUUCUUUGAAUAAGCCCUUUCCAUUCUUAGCAAGAUUAGAGCUUCAUCAUACAGAUAUGUUGGAUUGGUCAUUUAUUAAUACAAGUGACCAAAGAUGUGAGAUUUUUCAAUGUUUAAAGCAAUUUUAUUUAAAAAGUUGUGGGAAGCUGAGUGUGGCGUUACCUAUCUGUAAUAUUCCAUCUUUAGAAUUUAUCAAUAUUUCAUCUUGCGAUGAAUUGGUAACUAUAUUUCCAACAAGUACUCUCAUUGACUCUGCAUAUCCUUCCCUCAAAACGUUGAGCACAAGGAAUUGCUCAAGGUUGGAAACCUUUUCAGAAAUGGGAUUGCCCUUUACUUUACAACAUCUACGCAUCGCAUCAUGUGAUAAGCUCAUGGAAAACCGCAUGAAAUGGAAUUUACAAAGACUCCCAUCAUUGAAUUCCUUACAACUCUGGGUUUGUAGAGAAAUGGUGGAUUCAUUUCCAGAGGAAUGGCUGCUCCCACCAUCUUUAAGAAGACUUAAUAUCUUUGAAUGUAAUAACCUCAAAGCUCUGAACAGCAAAGGCUUCCAACACCUUACCUCCCUUCGUCGUUUAGAUCUUCUUUAUUUGAAAAAGCUAGAGUGCUUACCAGCAGGAGGACUGCCCCAGAGUGUUACUUAUUUAUCCAUAGAAGGAUGCAGUCUGCUAAUUCCCAGGUGCAAGGAAGGAACAGGGGAAGAUUGGCCCAAAGUUCAACACAUUCCUAACAUACGAACUGAAGAAACAGAAUUUAAUAAGAGAUACUUAGGCUGCAGGUAA